ACAGUCGCCCUCCAGGAUACAGUCGCCCUCCAGGAUACAGUGCCAAGGAACUCCUUUUCGUUUCUAAACAAAUGUUUAUAUUUAGUGACAAGUUUUCCGAUGUUUAAAUACGUUCAACUCCCAUCGAUCGUUAUCUUUGUGAGUAUAAAACUUCUAUUCAACGGUGUAAGCCAAUUAGAGUGUUGUUUUUUUGUGUAAAACUCUUCAAAGUAAAAGAUUUGCUACCUAGAAGUUUGGUGUUUUUCUAAGUGCCAUGGAUCUCCGUCAGACAAUCCUGCUCAGUAUACUGAGUGCAUUAGUUUCUUAAUGUUUUCUUGAGUUGAGGGGUCCCAAACGGAGGAUGCAUAUUCUAUUAUUGGCCUAACCAAGUUAGGGUCUCGUUACAGCAGGGCAUCAUAGUAUCGUCAACAGUAGCGAAAUCCAACUGGACAGUUGGAGAUACAGUUACCUUCACCUGUGAAGUGGUCAAGUUUGAGCAGCCCGCUCCUUCACCUCUGUUUUUCACUUUCAUGACCGUGGCGCGACAGACUUGGAAGGAUUCAGAGUUCUCAAAGCUUGUGUCAUUAGAGCCGCAGAAGUCCAGUAGCCUCCCCAAAUUGACCACGUUUUUUCCACCUUCCAAGCGAUGGAUGGCUACAUACGAGACUGUGGAGAAAUAUUUAGACAAAGCAUCCACCAAACUCAUCCUAACAUUAACAGAUUUUCAGUGCGAAGAUAUUGGAUCUUAUAAGUGCAUAGUAGCAGUUAGUAAUCAAACAGACUUGUAUGACAGGACGGGUCACAAUCUGACGACCACAGCUCCGAUAACUCUUGACCUACAAUUGACCCCGCACAACGGAAACGAAGAAUUCGCAUCAAUAAACGCAGUAGGAGAUAAUAUUACAUUGCGGUGCAGUGUUACAGGACCUCCAGACAUAAAGAUUAGUUGGAAAUUCGCAAAAUAUCCUCCAGAUGAAAUAGCCUAUCCAGAAAACGAUGUUGUGUUUUACCCUGAAACACAAUCAAAUAGUACAUCAGGCUGCGCCACCAGAUCCUAUACCUCUGUGCUUGCAAAAACUGUUGAGGCCAACGACGACGGAACCAGGUACUAUUGCAUCGUGUCGGACCUACUGGGCAAGGAACUAGCUAGAAAACAAUUCACUAUUUGGUUUCAAGAACAAAAUCCCAAUAACAACUACAAGAAUGGUGUGAAUGUCUUAAAUAUGCAACAAAGUUUAACCUUUCUCUUAUUUGUUUGUAUCCUAAAAACAUUUCUAACUGACUAAAAUGUUGCUGGAAAUGUUUUUAAUUGUAUUAGAGUAAUUGUUGUUAAAUUGUGCAGAUGAAAUGCUUUUCUUUUCAAUUGAAACAAGGCACGUUACAUGGUGCGCAGCAAGUGUGGUGCGGUUAGGUGCGGACUGUACCUGGCAUGGGCUGGUUAGAGGCAUCAAACGUUCUCCUAGUAUUUAGACGCGCUGCAUUGUGCGCACUUACAGUGAAUACACGUAAGAAAUUCUUAGCAACUAGCUAGAAGGGGAACGAUAACAUCAUUCUAAGCUUGGCAUAAAGAAUGUGCUCAAAUCUGUGGAUAGAAGCUCAUCGAUGUGCGUUAUGGUGUGUGUGUGUGUGUUAGCGCAAGAAGUAAAAGCCAGGUGGAAAGGGGAGCAGAUGUUUGGUUGUGAAGGCUGAGCAGUUUCUGAUGAAACCACGAAGUGGUCUGGCGUAAUUGAAGUAAGUUACAAUUGGCGAUGUGAAAGUGGAUGGGUAGACUGAACGAGAGACAGAAGGAACGUGUAUUUUUUGUGGUGAGUGGGUUCUUGUUUAAAUAUCAUUUCAUUUUCACUAGCUCUAUGUCACUUUCUAGUCGAAUCUAUGUAUAUUUAUAAAUAAACGUUAUAUAUAUAUCUUUUAAAA